AUGCUGCGGCAGGUUCUGCACAGGGGCUUGAGGACGUGUUUCUCCCGGCUUGGCCACUUCAUUGCCAGUCACCCGGUCUUCUUUGCUUCGGCGCCGGUGCUCAUCUCCAUCCUGCUCGGCGCCAGCUUUAGCCGCUACCAGGUCGAAGAGAGCGUGGAGCACCUGCUGGCGCCCCAGCACAGCCUAGCCAAGAUCGAGCGCAACCUAGUCAACAGCCUCUUCCCGGUCAACCGCUCCAAGCACCGGCUCUACUCGGACCUGCAGACCCCUGGGCGCUACGGCCGGGUCAUUGUCACCUCCUACCAGAAAGCCAACAUGCUAGACCAGCAUCACACGGACUUGAUCUUAAAGUUGCAUACUGCUGUAACCAAGAUCCAGGUUCCAAGGCCUGGCUUUAACUAUACAUUUGCCCACAUAUGUGUCCUGAAUAAUGAUAAGACUUGCAUUGUGGAUGACAUAGUACAUGUCCUGGAAGAGCUAAAGAAUGCUCGGGCCACCAAUCGGACCAAUUUUGCUAUCACAUAUCCGAUCACUCACUUAAAAGAUGGAAGGGCUGUCUACAAUGGGCACCAACUCGGAGGUGUCACUGUGCACAGCAAGGAUCGGGUGAAAUCUGCAGAGGCCAUUCAGCUCACCUACUAUCUGCAAUCAAUCAACAGUCUCAAUGACAUGGUAGCUGAGAGGUGGGAGUCCAGCUUCUGCGACACUGUCAAACUAUUCCAGAAAUCCAACAGCAAAGUCAAAAUAUACCCGUACACAUCCUCAUCACUGAGGGAAGAUUUCCAGAAGACCAGCCGUGUAUCAGAACGUUACCUGGUCACCAGCCUGAUCCUGGUAGUCACCAUGGCCAUUCUGUGCUGCUCUAUGCAGGACUGUGUCCGCAGCAAACCCUGGUUAGGUCUACUUGGGUUGGUAACCAUAAGCCUAGCCACUCUCACUGCAGCUGGAAUCAUCAAUCUUACUGGUGGAAAAUACAAUUCCACCUUCCUGGGAGUCCCAUUCGUCAUGCUAGGUCAUGGAUUAUACGGGACUUUUGAAAUGUUAUCCUCAUGGAGGAAAACUAGAGAGGACCAACAUGUUAAAGAGCGAACUGCAGAAGUCUAUGCAGACUCCAUGCUCUCCUUCUCUCUCACCACUGCCAUGUACUUGGUCACCUUUGGCAUAGGGGCCAGCCCUUUCACGAACAUCGAGGCAGCCAGGAUUUUCUGCUGCAACUCCUGUAUUGCAAUCCUCUUCAACUACCUCUACGUACUCUCAUUUUAUGGUUCCAGCCUUGUGUUCACUGGCUACAUAGAAAACAAUUACCAGCAUAGUAUAUUCUGUAGAAAAGUUCCAAAGCCUGAGGUAUUACAGGAGAAGCCAGCAUGGUAUAGGUUUCUUCUGACAGCUAGAUUCAGUGAGGAAACAGCUGAAGGCGAGGAAGCAAACACUUAUGAGAGUCACUUAUUGGUAUGUUUCCUCAAACGCUAUUACUGUGACUGGAUAACCAACACCUAUGUCAAGCCUUUUGUAGUCCUCUUUUACCUUAUUUAUAUUUCCUUUGCCUUAAUGGGCUAUCUGCAGGUCAGUGAAGGGUCAGACCUUAGUAACAUUGUAGCAACUGCAACACAAACCAUUGAGUACACUACUGCCCACCAAAAGUACUUUAACAACUACAGUCCUGUUAUUGGGUUUUAUAUAUAUGAGUCCAUAGAAUAUUGGAACUCUAGUGUCCAAGAAGACGUUCUAGAGUACACUAAGGGUUUUGUGCGGAUAUCCUGGUUUGAAAGCUAUUUAAAUUAUCUUCGGAAACUCAAUGUGUCCACUGACUUGCCUAAGAAAAAUUUCACAGACAUGUUGAGGAAUUCCUUCCUGAAAGCUCCUCAAUUUUCACAUUUUCAAGAGGACAUCAUCUUCUCUAAAAAGUACAAUGAUGAGGUUGAUGUAGUGGCCUCUAGAAUGUUUUUAGUGGCCAAGACUAUGGAAACAAACAGAGAAGAACUCUAUGAUCUCUUGGAGACUCUGAGGAGGCUUUCAGUCACCUCCAAGGUGAAGUUCAUUGUCUUUAAUCCGUCUUUUGUGUACAUGGAUCGAUAUGCCUCCUCUCUGGGAGCCCCCCUGCACAACUCCUGCAUCAGUGCUUUGUUCCUGCUCUUCUUCUCGGCAUUCCUGGUAGCAGAUUCACUGAUUAAUGUCUGGAUCACUCUCACGGUUGUGUCUGUGGAGUUUGGAGUGAUAGGCUUCAUGACAUUAUGGAAAGUCGAACUGGAUUGCAUUUCUGUGCUAUGCUUAAUUUAUGGAAUUAACUACACAAUUGACAACUGUGCUCCACUGUUAUCCACAUUUGUUCUAGGCAAGGAUUUAACAAGAACUAAAUGGGUUAAAAAUGCUCUGGAAGUGCAUGGGGUAGCUAUUUUACAGAGUUACCUCUGUUAUAUUGUUGGUCUAUUUCCUCUUGCAGCUGUGCCUUCAAAUCUGACCUGUACACUGUUCAGGUGCUUGUUUUUAAUAGCAUUUGUCACCUUCUUUCACUGCUUUGCCAUUUUACCUGUGAUACUUACUUUCCUGCCACCCUCUAAGAAAAAAAGGAAAGAGAAGAAAAAUCCUGAAAACCGGGAAGAAAUUGAGUGUGUAGAAAUGGUGGAUAUUGAUAGUACUCGAGUGGUUGACCAAAUUACCACAGUGUGAUAGUGUCUGCUUCAUAUAUUUUCACCCUAGGUCUUAUCAAGAACAAAAGCUUAUGUUGCUGAAACAAAGUCAAAGUUUCUCUGUUUAAAAAACAGAUAAGAAACAGACAUGGGAAAAAAGUAAAAGGUGGGGAUAAUA